CCGCAAGUAGACCAUGGCUUCGAGCGCGGCGAGCACGUCAACGGUUGUGGACGUGAGCCCCAACAUUACAGCCGCCCGCGAGCAGGCCAAGGCGGGAGAUGUGGCUGGUGCCGUCGACGCUCUGCUCCUGCUGGAGCGUCAGCGGCGGCGGGCCGAGGACGAGGCGGCGGUCAAGGAGGUUGUUGUUGCGGUGGUGCAGGUAUGCUUCGAGGCGGGCGACUGGAAGCUGCUGGCGUCGUCGGUGGUGCUCCUUGCCAAGCGGCGGUCGCAGUUCCCGCAGGCGAUUGUCAAGAUGGUCAACGAGGUGGUCGGCUACCUCGACCAUGACUCGGUCCCGUCCGAGGCCUCGGCCAUGCUGCUCGAUACGCUGCUGGUGGUGUGCGAGGGCAAGAUCUUUGUCGAGGUCCAGCGGGCGAGGCUGACCCGCCGCCGGGCGCUGGCCAAGGAAGCUGCCGGCGAGCUGAAGGAAGCUGCCAAGGAGCUGCAGGAUGUGCAGAUCGAGACGCUCGGCUCGAUGGAGAAGGAGGAGAAGCUCGACUUUAUCCUCGAGCAAAUGCGGCUGUGCCUCGGCGCUGGUGACUGGCUCCGGGUCCUCAUCAUUUCGCGCAAGAUCCAUCGCAAGGUCUUUGCCCGCAACGCCUUUCAGCCGCAGAAGCUCAAGUUCCACGAGCUGCUCAUCGAGUACCACCAGCACGAGGGCAACUUCCUGCAUGUCGCCCGCUCGCUCCUGGCCAUGUACAACACGCCGUCCGUCCUCGACUCGGCCGACGCCGCGUGGAAGGCGGUCCUUGCCCGUGCUGCGGUCUUUAUCGUCCUCGCCAAGCAAGCGCCCGACCAGCAGGACCUACUCCAUCGCAUCAAGAAGGAGAAGCGUCUCGCCGAGGUCGGCGACGUCUACGACCUCGUCAACCUCUUCACUACCACCCAGAUCAUGGACUGGCCGCAGGUCGAGUCGCAGUUUGGCGCCGCGCUCCGCGAGCUGCCCGGAGGCCUGUUCAGCGACUCGGAGGACGGCGCGGCCCGCUUUGAGCACCUCCGCUCGCGCGUCAUCGAGCACAACAUCCGCAUCAUCGCCAACUACUACUCGCGCAUCGCCCUCCCGCGCCUCGCCGCUCUCCUCUCGCUCAACGUUGCCGACGCCGAGUCGCGCCUCUGCGACAUGGUCGUUGACGGCGCCAUCUACGCAAAGGUCGAUCGCCUCGCCUCGGUCGUCUCGUUUGUCAAGCCGGCCACUUCCGACGAGAUCCUCAACGAAUGGGCGUCGGACGUCGGCAAGCUCCUCUCCAUCGUCGAAAAGUGCAACCACAACCUGCAGAAGGAGAACAUGAUGCACAAGAUCGACCAGUAAACGGCCCGCCGUGAC